AUGGACACGCCGGAUAGGCCCCGCUCCGCCGCCGCCGGUUUCGAGGAUUCUCCUGUCUUCAAUUUCAUCAACAAUCUCUCUCCUAUACCACCGCCUAAACCUUUAGACACAGCACAUAAUGUGCAGCUAUUCAAGUCAUCAGAUUUGGCGCCUGUUUCUUCGAUCUUUGCCUCACCACAUGUUAAUCCAGCAAAGGAAACUAAAUUUUUUAUCAGGGAUGAAUCUGUUCAGCUUCCUCAAGAAUUGCACUCACCUAGCAGUAUCAGGACUCGAAUAUGUCCCUCAGGCUCUUUUAGAAUGAUCAGAUGCAAAGACAUUGUGCCAGAGAAUUGCAAUAUCACUUGUCAACUAAACGAGGCAUCUAUUGAUUCUUCAGAUCAUACAUCAAACCCUACAGGCCAAUUGAUUCAAUCCAUACAGGAUGCUGCUGGCAGUAUGGAAAGCAAUAAGGAUCAAUGCGCUGAUGGUAAAGCAGACCUUACCAUGUCCCAGGAGUGCACAGGCCUAGAAGGUAUGAACCUUGAUGAGAGUGGCCUAGACAAAAUGGAUUCAUCACAUUCUGGGAUAGUUGUUCACGAAAACCAGCUAUCUGAACAAAACAAUGAUGAACCUGCAGCAUAUAAUGGGGAUUACAUGAUUACACACCAAUCAAGUAGUGAUAUGCUGACUUUAGCUGUAACAUCUGGAACAGAAACACAACCAGUGAAUGAUACACAAAAGUCUGAUGAUCCCUACUCUUGUGAAUCCUUUUUGGAUGAUCAGUCAAGUGGAUAUUGCACCCAAAAUUCUGUGCAUGAACCCCAUCUGUACUGGACUGGGGCAGUUGAAGGGGCUGCAGUAGCUUAUACUCCCCAAACACUCCCUGGUGCUUUGCAAAGUCAGUUGAUGCCAUGUAACAAGCUCAAUGAGACAAAAGAUCACAUGCCUACUGAGCAAAAUGCCUUGCCACAGCAUUUACGUGGCAUGCGUAGGCGCAGCCUUUUCAACGAAAAGGCUGGGGUUAGUAAUAAAGGUGUAGACAAAGCUUCAGAUCAUCAUCCUGUAAAUUCAACUACCCCCAAAUGCAAAACUAUUUCUGGUGACAACUCAAAGCCUCUAAGAACCCCUCCACAUGCAUUGCCUGGUAUUGGCUUGCACUUGAAUGCCCUUGCUGCAAUACCUAAAGAGAAAAUAGAUAUUCAGUCUACUAUAAAUGAAUUGAGUAACUUGAUAGGUCCUUCUGGAUCUUCUCCAGUACCUUCUGAGCAAAUCAUUAUAAAUGAUGAUUUCAAUCAAACAACUGAUGUUGCAACCGCCGAAGCUUCUAGUCAGGGUAGUCCCAAGAAGAAAAGGCAGAAGUUUGAUAAUGGUGAUGACACUUCAUGCAAGCGUUGUAGUUGUAAGAAGUCAAAAUGCCUGAAACUUUACUGUGAGUGUUUUGUCGCUGGAGUCUAUUGUUCUGAGCCUUAUUCGUGUAUCGGCUAUCUGAACAACCAGAGUCAUACGGAAACAGUUCUAUCUACACGGCAACAGAUUGAAUCUCGCAAUCCAUUAGCAUUUGCUCCAAAAGUAAUUCAUACAUCUGAGCCUGGUCUGGAAUUAGGGGACUUCUCCAAUAAAACUCCUGCUUCAGCUCGUCACAAAAGAGGAUGCAAUUGCAAGAAGUCGUCGUGUCUAAAAAAAUACUGUGAAUGUUUUCAGGGUGGCGUGGGAUGCUCCAUAAGUUGCAGAUGCGAGGGCUGUAAGAAUGCUUUUGGAAAACGGGAGGGGGCUGCUGUGUUAGGCAUAGAGGAACCUAAGCAGGGAUUGGAAGAAAAGAAUGUUUGUGUGAAAGAAGAAAAAAGUGAAAUCGAUAAACAGCUUGUCAUCUACCAAACUACUGAUGCUGCUCCUGCUGAGAAUGUACUGACCACACCUUCCAUGGUGGAGUGCAGACCCUUGGCUUGUCUUCCACCCCCAAGCUCCAAGAAAAGCUCCAAAAAACCACGAUCUUCAACAAAACUCACUGGACAUCCUUCUCGGUUGUGCAACUUACAAGCUCCUCCAAAGACCGACAUUGUGCUCUCCCCAUUCGAAAACUACGCGGAAAUGGUCCUUGGCGAUAGCACAUCAGAUAUCCUGAAGGGAAAUUCAUCUCCUCAAACUUCUGUUAAAGUCGUGUCACCAAAUAAGAAGCGAAUCUCUCCCCCACGAAUGGGUACUCGACUAUCUCCAAUCUGUAUGAGUGGCAGGAAGCUGAUUCUCAAGUCCAUCCCUUCUUUCCCUUCCCUUGGUGGUGAUGUAAACAACGAGGAUACCAAGGCCAAGUCACCAGCGCCUUGA